CAGUUUCUCAAAAGACAAUGAGGCUUUUUGUUUUAACGGCUUUACUUGUACCUUGUCUCUCAUUUCAAGAGACGCACCAUUUUGUUCAUCUAAUGGAGGAUGGUAAAACCAUUCAUCAGGAUAUAAUACACGAUAAGAAUGAAAAUACUGUUUUGGUCAUCGUCGGAGAUGUAUCCAUGUACAAACAUGCCAUCCCAACCAUCAAUUAUCAUGACUAUAAUACGGGAUAUGUUGCUUUCAAAGACAUCAAACGAGAAAUGUGUUCUUUGUCAAGGGUACCAUUUCCGAAACCAUCUCUAGAAUUGUUUAGACAGGGUGUGUCGAAUGAAACAAUGCGAUUUACGGGUCAAUAUGAUUCAGCACCUCUAACGAACUCAAAGGUGAGAGAGAUAGCAGGAUCAAAGAUCGCAGAAUUUUGCAAAGAUUAUGUUACCUUUUCCAGAACACUGAUUCCAAACCAAAUGGACAAAAGAAGUGGCGAAAAUGCAGACGAACCAUGCAGUAGUUUUUGUGUUUGGUGUGUUAUUCACUCAGAUCUUCCACCCCCAAACAGAAAUGGCAUGGAGAGCAUUACGAUUGGGUAACUUCUAUCUGCCAUUGUACUAAAAUUGUGGAAUAAACAACGAACUGCAAUUUA